CUCCUCUCUCUCUCCUCGUCCUUCGUCCCUCUCCGUCCCCGCGUUCGUCUCCUCCGCUCCAACCAAAACCAAACCACCCCCAGAUUUGCACCUUGCCCCCCAGGGAUCCCCCGAAUUCCCCGUUCCAUCCCACCCCCGCGCCGCGCACCGCCCGGCCGGCCUCCCGAAUUCCCACUCUCGCUCCAAAUCUCCCGGGGUGGGCGCCUUGGCGCGCGCUCUCUCUCUCCCUCCCUCCCGCCAGCGCUCCCGGCGAUCGCAUCGCGUCAGGCCGGACAAGCGGGACCCGACAAAUCGCGCGGUGCCGCGGCAGCCCGAAUCUCGCUGCCCCGCCCGCGGGGAAUCUAGGGUUCCGGCGGCCAAUUCACGGGCUCUGGCGGUUGUGGCCGCGGCGGCCCGCGCCUCGUAGGCCGGGCGCCGGCGCGUAGGUGGGGAUCUCGAGGCCUGCCAACCCUAGGAGGCAGAGUGAGGCUAUGGACGUGGACUCGCGCAUGACGACAGAGUCCGACUCCGACUCCGACGCCACCACGGCCGCGGCCGCGCUAGGCAGAGGCUCCGGGAGCGAGACCUCCUCCUCGUCGGCCCCGUCCACGCCGGGGACGCCCACGGCAGCUCCGGCUUCGCCAGCUGUCGCAGGCUCGGGACCGAGGCCGGCGCCAGGGUACACGGCCGUCACCGCGGUGAUCGAGAAGAAGGAGGACGGCCCGGGGUGCCGGUGCGGGCACACGCUCACGUCAGUGCCGGCUGUCGGGGAGGAGGGUUCGCAGAGCUACGUCGGCCCACGGCUCAUCCUCUUCGGCGGCGCCACCGCUCUGGAGGGCAACUCUGCAACACCGCCCUCCUCGGCUGGCAGCGCUGGGAUCCGUCUUGCUGGCGCUACAGCUGAUGUCCACUGUUAUGAUGUGUUAUCAAACAAGUGGAGCAGGCUUACUCCACUUGGCGAGCCUCCUUCACCAAGAGCUGCACAUGUAGCAACUGCAGUUGGAACCAUGGUUGUUAUUCAGGGUGGAAUUGGUCCUGCUGGUUUAUCUGCAGAGGACCUUCAUGUUCUAGAUCUUACACAGCAAAGGCCACGAUGGCACAGAGUGGUGGUUCAAGGACCUGGUCCCGGUCCACGAUAUGGACACGUGAUGGCCUUGGUUGGACAGCGGUUCUUGUUAACAAUAGGUGGAAAUGAUGGAAAGCGCCCUCUAGCGGAUGUAUGGGCUCUUGACACUGCAGCUAAGCCAUAUGAAUGGAGGAAACUUGAACCUGAAGGUGAAGGACCACCACCAUGCAUGUAUGCCACUGCAAGUGCACGCUCUGAUGGUCUACUUUUACUUUGCGGUGGGAGGGAUACUAAUAGUGUGCCCCUAUCAAGUGCAUAUGGCCUUGCAAAACACAGAGAUGGGCGCUGGGAGUGGGCAAUUGCCCCUGGUGUCUCUCCAUCACCCAGAUACCAACAUGCAGCUGUUUUCGUGAAUGCACGCCUUCACGUGUCAGGAGGUGCUCUUGGAGGUGGUAGGAUGGUAGAGGACUCCUCAAGUGUUGCAGUGCUGGACACGGCUGCCGGAGUUUGGUGUGAUAUAAAGUCAGUCGUCACAACUCCCAGGACAGGAAGAUAUAGCGCAGAUGCAGCAGGAGGUGAUGCUGCUGUUGAACUUACACGAAGGUGUAGGCAUGCUGCAGCUGCUGUUGGUGAUUUAAUCUUCAUCUAUGGAGGUUUACGGGGAGGCGUAUUACUAGAUGAUCUUCUUGUGGCUGAAGAUCUGGCAGCCGCUGAAACGACAACUGCUGCUAAUCAUGCGGCGGCAAGUGCAGCAGCCACUGACAUACAAGCUGGAAGAGUACCUGGAAGGUAUGCGUACAAUGAUGAUCGGGCAAGACAGGCAGCUCCAGAAUCAGCUCCUGAUGGAUCUGUAGUUCUUGGAACCCCAGUUGCUCCUCCUGUUAAUGGGGACAUGUAUACUGAUAUUAGCCCUGAGAAUGCUGUGCUGCAGGGACAGAGGAGAUUAAGCAAAGGUGUUGAUUACUUGGUUGAAGCAUCAGCAGCAGAGGCGGAGGCAAUUAGUGCCACUUUAGCUGCUGUAAAGGCUAGGCAGGUUAAUGGUGAGACAGAUCAUUUGUCAGACAAGGAGGAGUCUCCAGAUUCCACAUCAAGCAGCAAACAUUCAAGCCUCAUCAAACCAGACAAUGCUCUAUCGAACAUGACACCUCCACCUGGGGUUCGGUUGCACCACAGAGCUGUGGUGGUGGCCGCAGAAACUGGAGGUGCCUUAGGUGGCAUGGUCAGACAACUCUCAAUUGACCAGUUUGAAAAUGAAGGAAGAAGGGUCAGCUAUGGCACCCCUGAAAAUGCAACUGCUGCAAGAAAGUUGCUUGACCGCCAGAUGUCCAUAAAUAGUAUUCCUAAAAAGGUGAUUGCGUCUCUGUUGAAACCUCGUGGUUGGAAGCCUCCUGUGCGAAGGCAGUUUUUCUUGGACUGCAAUGAGAUUGCAGAUCUUUGUGAUAGUGCUGAAAGAAUAUUUUCAAGCGAACCAAGUGUUUUGCAACUUAAAGCUCCAAUUAAGAUAUUUGGUGAUUUACAUGGUCAAUUUGGUGAUCUUAUGCGAUUAUUUGAUGAGUAUGGUGCUCCUUCGACGGCAGGAGACAUUGCGUACAUUGAUUAUCUCUUCUUGGGUGAUUAUGUGGAUCGUGGUCAGCAUAGUUUGGAAACUAUGUCUCUUCUUCUUGCUUUGAAGGUUGAAUAUCCGCAAAACGUACAUUUAAUUCGUGGGAAUCAUGAGGCUGCAGACAUUAAUGCAUUGUUUGGCUUCCGGAUAGAGUGUAUAGAGCGAAUGGUAACAGUUUCUUUGCAUACCGUGUUCUGUUACAGGAUCACCUUUUAUCUUUCCUUACAUGGGUGUUCGUCGCUCAAAAAACAGGGUGAGAGAGAUGGCAUCUGGACAUGGCAUCGCAUGAAUAGGCUAUUUAAUUGGCUUCCCUUGGCUGCACUAAUAGAGAAGAAAAUUAUCUGUAUGCAUGGUGGCAUUGGUCGGUCAAUCAACCAUGUGGAGCAAAUCGAGAAUCUUCAAAGACCAAUUACCAUGGAGGCUGGCUCUGUUGUCCUAAUGGACCUCCUAUGGUCUGAUCCUACAGAGAACGACAGCGUUGAAGGACUAAGACCAAAUGCUCGGGGGCCUGGUCUUGUUACAUUUGGGCCCGAUCGUGUUAUGGAGUUUUGCAACAACAAUGACCUUCAAUUAAUUGUACGAGCGCACGAGUGCGUGAUGGAUGGCUUUGAGCGUUUUGCUCAAGGCCACCUGAUCACUCUUUUCUCUGCAACAAAUUAUUGUGGUACUGCAAAUAAUGCUGGUGCAAUCUUGGUUUUGGGUAGAGAUCUUGUUGUUGUUCCAAAACUUAUUCAUCCCUUGCCCCCUGCAAUCACAUCACCUGAGACCUCACCAGAUCACAUUGAGGAUACAUGGAUGCAGGAGCUGAAUGCGAACAGACCAGCAACUCCAACCAGGGGCCGUCCCCAAGCAGCAGCAAAUGACCGAGGCGCUCUUGCCUGGAUAUAGUAGAUUCGUUAGACAUUGUUUGAUAUGAUCCAUCUGAAGUCUCACUCAGUGGCAUCUUGCUUUUUCUACACAAGAAUACAUCUGUGUUCGAGAGACGGGCUUAGCCCACGGCCAUGCCAAAAGAGAAUCAUCUACAAGAAGUGGAAGUUACUAUAAAGAUGGAUGAAUUUAGUUUCAUCCAGGACAGUGCAAAGUAUGAGCUCUCCAAUCCGUUUCGCUAGCACAUAAGUAUGACAUAUCAACUCACAGAUUGUGUGAAGAUCUGCGGAGGCUUCACCUUGUAUAUACUCAGCUGCCAGUGGAUAUGUGGAUGUAUGUGGUCUUUUGCAUCCAAUUGGAAUGGCAAAAGGAAUAGAGUUUAUUGUAGUAGGUAUUCUUUCUGUUCCCUUUCUUGGGGGGUCUAGAAUUCUGAUUUUGCAAAGGUGCUUUUGAGUUGCCACAGGGACCUCAUAUCUGACCGGUUGUGGUUUUGUCCUGUAUAAUAGCUCUCUCUGCCUACUUUUUGUCACGGCAUACCCCGCUGUAAUUUCAGCCUACUGCUGAUGUGUACAAUUUUGUGUUUAAAAGUUUUUGCUGUGAAUGGAGCUCGUGAUUGGAUUUAUUGGAGGACAA